GGAAAGGGCAGCGGCAAUCAGGUCCAGCGCCCGGAAGCUUGGAUUGGUGUUGCAUCUGUGCGCACUCACGUGAAGCGACAGCAAGCUGCUUGCUUUUAAGCAGCAUCUCACCGCGGCGAGUGAAUAUCCCGGUGCCUGCACUUGAGGCGGGUAGUGGGUUUGCGACACAGCUCGCAUUGAGCCCGCUGUUUGUUCCUGUUCAGCCAACGGCCGACUAGACUUGGCGCGCGCUCGCGACGCGCUUUGCACAGACCGUCAUCAUGAGUGCUGAAGCACGCAUCAAGGAGAUUGAGGAGGAGAUGGCCCGAACACAGAAGAACAAGGCCACCGCCAAGCACUUGGGCCUACUCAAAGCUCGCCUGGCCAAACUUCGCGCUGAACUCUUGGCGCCCAAAACCACUGGUGGCGAGAAGGGUGAAGGCUUCGAUGUGGCCAAAACGGGCCACGCACGAAUUGGUUUUGUCGGCUUCCCUUCGGUCGGCAAAUCAACACUUCUCAGCAACUUGGCCGGCGUGUACUCAGAGGUGGCUGCCUAUGAGUUUACCACUUUGACUACCGUGCCCGGUGUGAUUCAGUACAAGGGUGCCAAGAUUCAGCUUCUUGAUUUGCCCGGUAUCAUCGAGGGUGCCAACGACGGCAAAGGUCGCGGUCGCCAGGUCAUUGCUGUUGCCAAGACGUGCAACCUCAUUUUCAUCUGCCUUGAUGUGCUAAAGCCCCUCUACCACAAGCAGAUCAUCGAGAAAGAAUUGGAGGGCUUUGGCAUUCGCAUCAACAAGGAGCCGCCACAAAUCCAAUUUCGCAAGAAGGACAAAGGUGGCAUCAACAUGACCAGCACCAACCCCCUGACACACCUUGAUCUGGAUACCGUUCGCACCAUCUUGACCGAAUAUCGCAUCAACAGUGCGGACAUCAAUUUCAAGGAGGACUCGACGGCCGACGAUUUGAUCGAUGUGAUCGAGGGCAACCGCGCCUUUAUUCCAGCCAUUUAUGUCAUGAACAAAAUCGACCAGAUCUCCAUCGAGGAGCUGGACAUUAUCUACCGAGUGCCGCACUGCGUGCCCAUCUCGGCGCAUCACAAAUGGAACUUUGACGAUUUGCUGGAAAAGAUGUGGGAAUAUCUCGCGCUUGUCCGAGUGUAUACCAAGCCCAAGGGCCAAUUGCCAGACUACGACGAACCCGUUGUGCUGCGACAUGGCACGAGCACGGUCGAGGACUUUUGCAACAAGAUUCACAAGAACAUGAUCAAGGAUUUCAAACACGCCUUGGUCUGGGGCUCGUCUGUCAAGCAUAGCCCGCAGACCGUGGGUAAGGAGCAUGUUUUGCAAGACGAGGACGUCGUUCAGAUUAUCAAAAAAGUCUAAACCAUGUGAGCAACACCUUUCUAGGGAUGCCUCUUGUUUUUUCUUUUCUUUUUGCAUCUGUCUUCUGCGUUUUUCUCCUUCAUGUCGUGGUCUGGUGUGCCCUGAAAUUAAAAACAAUGCUUUGC